UCGGCCAUUGUUUGUGAAAACAGCAGUAGAAAAAUUUACCAUACUGGGUCUGGACAGCGCGAGGAAUUCCGCUGGAAAUUCCGGCAUUUCUUUGUCAACAGCUCCUAGUUCUGUCUGAGUAACCUCGAUCGUGGAGGGCUUUAUGUUUGUGCGGUUGCAGCGGUAUCGAGUGUCUAGUGCAACAAGAAAUACACCGGGACAAUCGCCGCUAAUAGUUUUCCCUACACGACGGCCAUUCCAGCGACAGAUUUCAACGCUGGCAGCGAAACGCAAAAAGGUGCAAUAGCGAUAUGACGAAUUCAGUGCGGAACCGCAUGGAAACAUUCCUGUCACCUGAACCUGAUGACGAACCGAUCAAGCAACUGCCGAAGGAAAUUCUACUUCGCAUUUUUUCAUAUUUGGAUGUAGUCUCGCUCUGCCGUUGCGCCCAGGUAUGCAAGUAUUGGAAUGUUCUAGCACUUGACGGAUCAAGCUGGCAAAAGAUUAAUCUUUUCGAUUUUCAAGUGGACAUCGAGGGUCCAGUAAUCGAAAAUAUUUCACAACGGUGUGGUGGUUUCCUUAAAUUCCUCUCAUUGAAAGGUUGUCAAUCAGUCGGGGAUAUAUCAAUCAGAACAUUAGCCAACCACUGCCACAAUAUUGAACAUUUAAAUUUAUCGGAAUGUAAAAAAAUUACAGACUCGUCGAUAUUAUCAAUAGCACGACAUUGUUCAAAACUAACAUCAAUCAAUUUAGACUCAUGCCCGAAUAUAUCUGAUAAUAGUUUAAAGGCGCUUGCCGAUGGAUGCUCCAAUUUAACUGAAAUAAAUAUAUCCUGGUGUCAUCUGGUAACGGAGAAUGGUGUUGAGGCGCUAGCCCGUGGCUGUCCGAAAUUAAAGAAAUUUAGCAGUAAAAGAUGCAAACAAGUCAACGAUAAUGCUGUAAUGUGUUUAGCUGAAUAUUGUCCUGAUCUAAUGGUGCUCAUUCUGCAUAGUUGCGACGCAAUAACAGACGCUUCAAUACAAAAAAUAGCUGAAAAUUGUCCGAAUCUACGAAAACUGUGUGUUUCUAAAUGUGCAGAACUAACUGACCAAUCAUUAAUAGCUUUAGCUCAACACAAUCCAUAUUUAAAUACAUUGGAGGUAGCAGGCUGUCACCAAUUCACCGAUUUAGGAUUUCAAGCUUUAGGACGAAAUUGCAAAUAUUUAGAACGUAUGGAUUUGGAAGAAUGUAAUCAAAUCACAGAUUUAACAUUAGCUCAUUUGGCAACUGGAUGCCCAAGCUUAGAAAAAUUGACUUUAUCACAUUGCGAAUUAAUUACGGAUGAUGGAAUUCGUCAGUUAGCUGCUGGAAGCUGUGCCGCUGAAAGCCUAUCCGUCCUAGAAUUGGAUAAUUGUCCUCUCAUUACUGAUCAGACGUUGGAGCAUUUAGUAACUUGUCACAAUCUGCAGGAAAUUGAAUUAUUUGACUGCCAAUUGAUAUCACGUGCAGCGAUACGACGGUUAAGGAAUCAUCUACCUAAUAUAAAAGUUCAUGCAUAUUUCGCACCGGUGACACCACCACCUACGACUACUGGUCACCGACCACGAUAUUGUAGAUGCUGUGAGAUUCUUUGAGAUCAGGCUGUGGGCUUAGCCAGAAAGAUACUGUGCAAAAGCCGUGAUGACUGAUACACCAUAACGUUCUUCUAAAAGGGAAUAAUUACUCUUAUGCCUCUCAUCAAGGUUAAGUUUCAUUAGUAAGUCAAGAAAGUAAUAAAGAUACAUUAUUUAGAUGUAUACUAUUAUCACUGCUACUAUAUUAUUUGAUUUGCUAUCAUCAUUUUAACUCAUUUAUAAUUUUAUUCUACUCCUAUCGUGUAAUGUACCUUUUAUUUUCUACGAUCGUCUGUACCAUCAAUCCUGUAUUGUAAUUUUAAGUUGACAAAAGUUCUUACAAUUUUAUACAUUGUAAUGUCACAGGCAGUAUGUUCAGAUAACGUGUGUACUGAAAAUGGUAGAACACGGUUUUCACGUCUCCGAUCCGGGAGAGAGUCCCUGCGAUCGUGGGGACAAGCAAUUUGAAAAGGAUUUGUCGUCGAGCGCGUAUUAAGUAGAGAAGAAAAGUCGCGAUAUAAUUGCCUGCGAAUAGGUUCUGUUCGUCUGCAUAUAUUGUCUGUGAUAAUAGUUGUAAGUUAAAAAGUAAAUACAAUUUUCUACUUAACGACGUGAUUCAAAAAUGAAGCGAACAAAACUGAAAGAGAAAUAAAAUGCAUUAUAUUCUA